CGGCGGUCAGCUGAUGGGCCGCCCGCGGGGGAGGCCGCGGCUCGAACAUGGCGGCCGAGAUCCACUCCAGGCCGCAGAGCAGCCGCCCGGUGCUGCUGAGCAAGAUUGAGGGCCACCAGGACGCCGUCACCGCAGCGCUUCUCAUCCCCAAGGAGGACGGCGUGAUCACCGCUAGCGAGGACAGAACCAUCAGAGUAUGGCUGAAAAGAGACAGCGGCCAGUACUGGCCCAGCAUCUACCACACAAUGGCCUCUCCUUGCUCUGCCAUGGCUUACCAUCACGACAGCAGACGGGUAUUUGUGGGCCAGGAUAACGGGGCUGUAAUGGAAUUUCACGUUUCUGAAGAUUUUAAUAAAAUGAAUUUUAUCAAGACCUAUCCAGCUCAUCAGAACCGAGUGUCUGCCAUCAUCUUCAGCUUGGCUGCCGAGUGGGUGGUCAGCACGGGCCACGACAAGUGUGUGAGCUGGAUGUGCACGCGCAGCGGGAACAUGCUUGGCCGUCACUUCUUCUCGUCAUGGGCUUCCUGUCUGCAGUACGAUCUGGAUACUCAGCAUGCCUUUGUGGGUGAUUACUCGGGACAGAUCACCCUGCUGAAGCUGGAGCAGAACUCCUGCUCAGUUAUCACCACCCUCAAGGGCCAUGAAGGUAGUAUCGCCUGCCUUUGGUGGGACCCUAUCCAGCGGUUACUCUUCUCAGGAGCAUCCGACAACAGCAUCAUCAUGUGGGACAUCGGGGGUCGGAAAGGCCGGACACUCCUCCUUCAGGGCCACCAUGACAGGGUGCAGUCACUGUGCUACCUGCAGCUCACCAGGCAGCUCGUCUCCUGCUCGGCGGAUGGCGGAAUUGCAGUGUGGAACAUGGAUGUUAGCCGAGAAGAGGCUCCUCAGUGGUUAGAAAGCGAUUCCUGUCAGAAGUGUGAACAGCCCUUCUUCUGGAAUAUAAAGCAGAUGUGGGACACGAAGACACUGGGGCUGAGGCAGCACCACUGCAGGAAGUGUGGGCAGGCCGUCUGCGGGAAGUGCAGCAGCAAGAGGUCCAGUUACCCCGUCAUGGGCUUCGAGUUCCAGGUCCGAGUCUGUGACUCCUGUUAUGACUCCAUCAAAGAUGAGGACCGCACUUCUCUAGCAACAUUUCAUGAAGGAAAACAUAACAUUUCCCAUAUGUCCAUGGACAUUGCGAGGGGACUGAUGGUGACCUGUGGGACAGAUCGUGUUGUAAAGAUAUGGGAUAUGACUCCUGUGGUGGGCUGCAGCCUGGCAACUGGAUUUUCUCCACACUGAUCCUGGAGCUGGAUGGUACGUCUGCUACACGUUACGCACAGCAACUCCCAUGAACCGAAACCCUUCAUGCAGCUCAACAGCCGCUGUCGUGUAAAUGGACAGUAGCCACCUAAAAAAAACAAAUCAAUAUUUUUAAAAAGAAAAUAAUACAUAAAGGUGUAUUCUGGGGUAUUUGUGGAAAUUAUCUGUGGGGAGUAACACCCAAAAGGUCUGUCCAUACCGGUCUCCUGAGGAAUGGAAUUUCCUCAGCAAAACUGCCUCAUGAUCAUUGAGCCAGUGGGUGAGGAGGGCACGGCCAGCAAGUGAAGGGUUUAGAAGGAAAAUGUUUGAACAAAAAGAAUAGUGCUUAGAACUUCUUAAAUGCAAACCCAAGAGCACACAUGGAGUCUACCGAGCGGGUCCUUGAGGCCCCUGAGAGCACUCCAAUACGCAAUCAGGAGCUGGGGGAAGAGCUCUUCUUCAGGGGAGGCGACCAGAUGUAAGAAGCCUAAGCUUGUCAUACAAAUGAUCUCUACACCAGGUUGCUGAUCAACUCCUUCAAGGCACCUGUUCUGUCAGGUCACGUCCUGAUCUGCUCUUGGGUUUGGCUCACUGCAGUUGUUUCUGUCCCAGCCAGUGUCCCAUGGGUGAACCUUUACAGCUGUCAUAUAACAAGACAGCACACGUCCAUCUCUUUCUCCCAAACCUGCUCUGUGGACAAAGCUUUCUUUUAUGGUGCUGUUGUACAAGCCUCCUGACGUUUUUUUCUUUGUAGCUAGUCAUGACCCAUGGCAAACUCAGCCACCACCAUGGUGGUGAUGGGUGCCAGCAGCCCGGUCCAUGGAACAGCCCAGUCUUGCUAACUGAUACAUUUGUUUGCAGUCCCAGGACAAGCCCUUGUGAUAUGGUAGCAAUUUAUGCCCCUCAGAAGUACUCUGGAGCUUUUAUAUUCUGUUGUAGCAACCAGUGUUACUCAUGUGUCAUAGGAAGAAAUCGGUGGCCCAUUGCAGAAAUUAUCAGUCAGGUCUUGUACAGUAAUCCCUAACUUGUAAAUCACUUUUAUAACAUUUAGAAAAACUGUUGUAUGAAAUGUGUUGUCCAAGUUUUGACCAGAUUACCAGGAGAUGUUUAUGUAUUUUUGUGUUGACAGAAAGUAGCACAUGAACUAUUCCAGUAGAGCCGCGGGAGCCUGCUGCUUUCCAGUAGGAAAGGGCUACUGGGUUAAAGGAUAAAUCAUGAAUACCCACAGCAUCCAGGUGACUCUUGCUGCUGGGUAUCAAUUUAAAAUCUCACUGUGGCACUUUGUUGGAUUACGUCAAGAUCAGGGCCAUUCUGCCAGACAGGACUAAGGACUUUAUCAACAUGGCUGACAAGGAGGGGAAAAUCUGUAACAGGCAGUAAAGCUAUGAUGUCUCAAUGGACAAGACACAAAUGGUAAGGAAAGGAAAGGCAGCAGGCAUAGCGGGCUCUAUUUGUAGAGAGCUCUUAACUUCAGAAAUAAGACCAAAGGGUUUUGUUGCCCCCUUUAAAUUUUAUGUCACUUUAACUGAUGAUCUUUCACCGGAUUUCCCUUACACUGUACGAAAUGUGCAUUGCUGGAGUGCUUUGGGCAAGAGAGUGGGUGAUGUUUUGAAACCACAAUGUAGAAUGUUCUUGCUCUGCUCGUUUUAGCUCACCCUAUGAUUCUGCCCACACAAGGGAAAUAGACCUUGGCAGAGUCAUUGCCCUGUGGAAUAGUGCUGAGCUGUGUGUGGUUUUAUUGUCCUAAAAGCAUCUGUAAAAUGUGACUUUUGGAUAUCUGUGGUAGUCGCUUUCUUCUUUUUAAAGCCUCCUAAUGUAAAACCCCAUGCCCCAUAGAAAGCAUGUAGUUGGUUUGAGCCUUUUAGGGGCUAAUAGAAAUCCAGGGGGAAAUUAUAUUAAGGAAGAAUUAGGGGGAGGGGCCUUUGGAGGGAAUGCAGGCUCUUUGAAUGCACUUUGCUCCUCACUUGAGUCUGUGGUCACGGUCUCCUUUCGGAAGUGUUCUUGUCAGGCUCCCCUUACGUGUCACACGUCAGGUAACAAAGGGGGUCAUAUUUUCUAUAGAGGGUGAAGAUUAUAGUCUCAAGUUUACUGACUGAAGGGACAGCAAGGCUCACGCUCUUUGCCUUAUUUGGACUCUGUUGCUAAACAGAUCACUUAAGAGAGUUCCUCAAGGAACAGCUGCUGUCCUUUCACAGACAGUCUGUACAGACAAGGAUCAAGAAGUAGAGGAUGUUAGACAAGAGCCUUGAACUUAGAUCUAGUAUGUAAUAAAGUGAUGCCAAGCCUUUAUUCUCAAUGUGUUCUUUAAUGGUCCUUUAUUAGUUGGUCCUAGUGUUAGCAGUAGGCCUGUACCUUGGUAGAAACCACUUCUUACUCACUAGACUGUAAUUGUUUACUAUGUCCCGGUCUUAACUUGCUGCCUAGUGGACAGAAUAGACACUGUUGUUGUAGACUGUUGCUUUGUUCUCCCGCACAGUGAUUCGGUUUGUUAACAUCUGUAUUUAUUAAAUGUCAAAAUGGGUAAAUAGAAUAGCAGCUCAGAUCCAAGAAGAUAUUUUUGAAAAUCAGGGUUUCAUUAAAAGUACUUUUCAUAUCUCCUAAAUGACAAGUAUCAAGCUACUAUUAAUGAAAAUGAUCUGCUCAUGAUAAAUGGAGGCUUAACAAAUAAGUAAUACAUGCUAAUCUCUGCUGUGUCUGUGCUUAGUUGUUAAUGUGAGCAGAUAUUGAAUGCCUCUCUGUUUUCUGCCGUUUACUACACAGUAACUCUUUGAGUAAGUUGAAGUUUAAUUGUGCAGCAAAUUUCUAUCAAAGAACAAUUUAAAGUGUUUUACUCUGUAACCUUUUUUUCCCGAAUCGGAAAGCAAAAGGUGACAUUAAGUAAUUCAAUUUGUCCUUGCACAGCUGUGUUUCCAUAGAGUUGGGCGCCCUGUGUAUCCUAGAGACGCUAAAAUUCUUGUUCUUUCUACUUGUGGGUUCCGUCUUUGUGGGGCUUUUUAGUUUUUGUUUUGAGAAUACACAUAUAAUAAAAUACCCUUUGCUUGUUCCUUAA